AUGGGCGAGGAGGUCCCGGCGCGCGCGGCGGCCGAGGAGCCCCCGCCGCCGGGGCUGCCCCUCUCCAGGAGCCCCCGGCGGCCGCCGCCCAUCGAGUUCCUGCAGCGCUGCGACAGCAAGGUCACGCCCGUCUACGACAUCAACGUCACGGGCAGCAGCGGGCUCGACGGCGCGGCCGUGCGGCGGCGGCGGCGGCGGUCGAGCUCCGCCGAGGACCUCCAGCGCCUCGAGCGCCUGAAAGAGAUCCGCGAGAGCAUGAAGACGGAGUCGCCGCGGAAGCCGUCGAGCAUCCACACGGACACGCUGUCGCCGCGGCGGUCCUUCGAGCUCGACGAGUUCCGGACCGAGGAGCUCGCGCGCAUCGCCGCCGGCGAGCGGGACCGC